AGAAUGUUGCAGAUUGUGAUAAUAAAUGAUUUGUUGCCAGUUUAUUGUGUGAGUUUGCUAAUGAUGGUUGCUGGUGGUUUAAUUUUGUAUUGCAGGCCCAACUAUCCUCUUUUUUCAGGAAAAUGCUGGAAGUAUCCUUUUCUUGUUAUUUUGGGUGAUGUUUGUUCUUUUCAAAUUUCUUAUCAUUACUUAGUUACACUUGGUUUAGCCUUAACUAGUCAACUUCAGAUAUUGCCCAUCGUCUUGAAAUGGUCCGCAUAUUGUUACAACGAUUGAACUGCAAUGUUUUUAUGCUUUCAUACCAAGGAUAUGGUGCCAGUGAUGGAUACCCUUCUCAACAUGGAAUAACAAAGGACACUCAGGCAGCAUUAGAUCAUCUGGUUCAGAGGACAGAUAUUGAUACAUCAAGAAUAGUUUUGUUUGGAAGGUCACUAGGUGGAGCAGUUGGAGCCGUGCUUACUAAAAAUAAUCCUGAUAAGGUAUCAGUCCAAUGAAUUUGUUGACUUUAUUUAUAUAAAAAUAUGCAUGCUACCUGAUUGUAGUUAUUUAUUUCUAAGUCUUGUAUAUUGCUUAUUCCUUUACUAUGAAUCUGUGUCUUCUGGUAAUUGGCUAAGCACCUGUAACCUUGGAGAUCUAAGAUCAUUAUUGAAUCUGCUUUCACCUUCUUCUUCUUGUAGUGGUUUAAAUGAUAUUCUGUUUCUUUGUUUUACAAUAUACUGAUGCAAAUCCACCUUUAAUAAC